AGCAAGCGAGACUAGCCGCCUGGCUUGCCCAGCUCGCGUGGCUGUGCUAGCGACGUCCCUUCCAUCACUACUCGCGCGUUGUUGUCACACUUGAUUUAGAAUCAGCUUGGCAUCAAAUCAUGCCAAGAAAACCUUAACGUCUCUUUUAUUCUUUAACUAACUACAUUAACUUGACGUUUAGGUAAAUAUACUUUUUUUUUUUGUUAAAAAAAAUAGUUAGGCGUUUAACUUUUGUGCCCAUUUGAAAUGGGCACCUGAAUGUAUCGUUGCAAGACAUUUAGCUUGCCGUGUCACCUAGCUGGCUAGCUAGUUUGCUAGUUCGCGACCCAGCUCACUUCUGAAGUUUGAAAACGUGUUAAAAGACUCGUGCUUUAAAACUGCUUCCGAACUGGUUAGUUAUAAAUUGUCUGUUUUACAUAGUUAAAUAGUCCCAUAAUUAUUUGAAGAGUUGGCCUAAGUUUGUCGAGCUUGUUGACUAGUUUUGAGUUUAUACUAGCUACUGGUAUCAAGCUAUAGGACAGUAAUGGAAACCAUCCUACAUAUUAGACAGCCCAGCCAUUGCCUUUAUCUUAUCACCGGCGAAACGUACCUAGCUAGCUAUGUGAAUAUUUUCUCGUCUUUUGUCACGAAGUGUAUUCGUUUUGUCUCAAGUUAGUUUAAUUGAACUAAAGUCAUGUGUAUGAAGAGGCACAAUUAGGUAGCUAAUUUAGUUAUUGUAAAUGUUAAUUGUUGCUAUAUAGCUUUGUUUUUUGUUGCGUAGCUGGUUGACGCUAGCAUGUUAGCAGCCUGGCUAUUGCAGUUAGCCAGCCAGGCAGAUAGGUUAAAUGAGGUGAAACCUUCCGCGGUAUGGAUUGGUGUUGGUACAGGCAGCGCGCGCGGCUAUGCUGCCCAGUGACAGCAGUGUGGUAAGUUCCACCAGCAGUGGCGGACUGGGAUAAGAAUUCGGCCUUGGCAUUUUAUCCACACCAGCCUACAUCACUGCCAACUCACCCCACCCCCCUGGUGGGCCACCAGCCAUGCACACACACCACAUACACCCUGACCCUACACACCCAAUUUAGACACAGGCAGAAGUGCUGACACACAACAUUGUCAGUUUACAGUACUGCGUUUUUCAACCGUUGUUGUAGAAGUGACUGGGGAGACACUGUCCUCUUUUUCCUCUUUUUUUUUAAGAGGCUCAUGUUUAAAAUAAGUACUAUAUGUAUAAAAUAAAAACAACUGGAGCAUGCACUUCACAGAUGGAGCUCAACCAGUGCGCAAACACCUUCCUGUUUGCCCUCCUAUGAGAAAGUUCCCUUUUGGCCUCCGGCUCUGGAUUUUGUUAAUUUUAUGACUUAAUUUUAUUUCGUCUCUUUUUAAAUAUAUAUAUUUUAAAUGUAACAAAUUGCAUGUCAAACAAGCUCAUUUAAUUUCUCUUGAAUCUUGGAAAAUACCCGCCCUCCUGCCUCAAGCGCGCACUCUCCUGACUUCUGCAUGCUAGUGCCUUGUGCUGGCUAUGGGUGCCGGGCAGUGAUUUUGAAUACUGGUAGGCUACAUAUGAGUUGGACCUGUAAUGUUUGUAAAACUGUUAUAGACGGAGAAGGGGGAAAUUCAAGUGUUUUUAGUAAGAGGCAGAUGUCAGCAGCAGAACAAACUCCAAGUGAAAAACUAGCAGAUUUACCUCAUUAUUAAUUUGCUAUCAUCAGCUGAUAGCCCCUUUUUUUCUUGAUGUCACUCAUUUCAUCUCUAGUUAGUAGCCUACUAGAAGUCACUAGUACUAGCUUCCUUAUAAUGAGUGAUGAGUGUGUUGCAGAAAAUAAAUAGGCCAAUGUUAAAAAAGAGGGGUGUCUGUUUUUCUUUUUGCACCUGCCCGCCCCCCAUAGGUCUGUGCACGGCCCUACGCUAGAGAUACAACUCAACACUAUAACUGUGCCUCUGCCCUAGCCAUUUUGUUUAACUCCCUGUUGCGCUGUCUAUCUGUCUCAGCAUCUUCUCUGUGUCACUCUGUGCUUCUUGUUCUCUCUCUGUCUGUCUGCUUGUCUGCUUAAGCCUUAAGUUAUAAAAGCCAAGCCUACGACUUAAGCUAUAUUGCAAAUCAGUGCCUGUCAUAUGUUCCUCUGAAUCAACACCUAUUACUAUUAGAGAGUUCCAGACUAACAUUUUCCCCUGGAGUCACUGGUGCCACUAACUUUUACUGUUGGUGACACCAGUCCAUGAUUUGGUUGGAUCCAAAUCAUGAGUAAUCAUCUUUUAAAGUCAUUCAGGGCUGGCCUGGGGAGGUUUUGGGAAUUUCCUGGCCAGUUGAUCAUCCCUGUACACUGAACAAAAAUAGAAACGCAGCAUGCAACAACUUCAACGAUUUUACUGAGUUACAGUUCAAAUAAGAAAAUCAGUCAAUUGAAAUAAAUUCAUUAGGCCCUAAUCUAUGGAUUUCACAUGACUGGGUAUACAGAUAUGCAUCUGUUGCUCACAGAUACCUUUUUAAAAAAGUAGGGGCGUGGUUCAGAAAACCAGUCAGUAUGUGACCACCAUUUGCCUCAUGCAGCACGACAUAUUUCCUUUGCAUUGAGUUGACCAGGCUGUUGAUUGUGGCCUGUGGAAUGUUGUCCCACUCUGCUUUAAUGGCUGUGCGAAGUUGCUGGCUGGGAUCUGGAACAUGCUGUCGUACACGUCGAUCCAGAGCAUCCCAAACAUGCUCAAUGGGUGACAUGUCUGGUGAGUAUGCAGGCCAUGGAAGAACUGGGACAUUUUCAGCUUCCAGCAAUUGUGUACAGAUCCUUGUGACAUGGGGCCGUGCAUUAUCAUGCUGAAACAUGAGGUGAUGGCGGCGGAUGAAUGGCACGACAAUGGGCCUCAGGAUCUUGUCACGGUAUCUGUGCAUUCAAAUUGCCAUCGAUAAAAUGCAAUUGUGUUUCUUUGUCCGUAGCUUAUGCCUGCCUGUACCAUAACCACACCAUGGGGCACACUGUUCACAACAUUGACAUCGCCCAUACAACGCCAUACACGCUGUCUGCCAUCUGCCUGGUACAGUUGAAACCGGGAUUCAUCCGUGAAGAGCACACUUCUCCAGUGUGCCAGUGGCCAUCAAAGGAGAGCAUUUGCCCACUGAAGUCUGUUACGACGCCGAACUGCAGCCAUGUCUAGACCCUGAUUCCAGAAGAGGCUACCCAGAGUGCCGCUGGACCGGAGACCAAAGGAGAGCUCGAGAGGGAAGAAAGUGGAGGCGGAACUGGAGCCAGAUAGGACACCUCCACCCAGGGAAGCCCCACCCUACUGCGGAAGUGCAGUGAAUGCCAUCUGUGAUGAACUCUAAUGAAGCUGCACACGGGAGCUGACGGCCACAGUCAGCAGGAGACACCACUGCAAACCCAGGACAGUAGUGGAGCAGGGUCUUCCUCAAACACUGGAGUCUUACCCUCCCCUUGACCCAAAUAACAUCCCAUAGCAGUCACCAGCAAUGUCCAGACGCAGGAAAUCCUCCACCCCCUGCAUGAUCCGGGUAAGUGACAUGAUGGAGCAGGAUGACUCGGAAGAAAUGGAAGUGUCCACUGACAUUGUGACUAAAAAUGGGUCUUCAGAGUCUGUUGAAAAUCAAGACCAGACAUUACAAGACACUAUAGAAGCAAAGGUUGUGGCGGAAGCUGAUCCUAUGCCCCGGCGGAGGCAGCAUGGAGGUUAUGAGUGCAAAUACUGUACCUUCUCCACCCAGAACCUGAAUGACUUUAAAGAGCACGUAGACUCCAGUCACCCCAAUGUUAUACUCAACCCCCUCUACCUGUGUGCCGUGUGCAACUUCAGCACCAAAAAGUUUGACUCUCUAACAGACCACAAUGAGACCCAACACCCUGGAGAGACCAACUUCAAGUUCAAGAGGGUAAAAGUAAGUAACCAGACCAUCUUGGAACAGACAAUCGAAGGCAAGACCAAUUUAGCUGUCUGCGAUACUGCAGACGGACAAGGUAUUAACGGCUUUGUCACUUUUCCACAGAGAAAACCAACUACGGUGAAGAACAGCAAGCCAAAAAUGGACAACAUACAGUCCCUCUACCAAGGGAAUGAUUUGGAGAACCCAUUGGAAAACCUUAUCCCAAAAGAUCAAAUCACAGCUGUGAACAUAAACGGCACGAUGAUCAUCCCUGAACCAACGAUCAUUCAAGGGCUCUCAUAUGUAAUGCCAUUACUCCAACGACCACCCAACUUCUGUUCUGUACCAACAAUUGCUGUUCCUUUGAACUCCACCCAAUAUAAUACUUCAUUGGACAAUAAUACAACCCUAAUGACAUCGUUUAACAAAUUCCCUUACCCAACCCAUGCUGAGCUGUCCUGGCUCACUGCUGCAUCCAAGCACCCAGAAGAGCAAAUAAAGGUGUGGUUCACUACCCAACGGCUAAAGCAAGGCAUCACCUGGUCACCAGAGGAAGUUGAGGAAGCCAGGAAGAAAAUGUUCAAUGGCUCCAUCCCACCCAAGCAUCAGACUUUCACCGUUCUGCCUACCCCAAUCUCUCAGCCUGCCAAAGCCACCCAGCCCCUUAUUCAGACUAGCUUUGGGCAGUCUAGUCUAGUACUGACAAGUAUUGCUAAUGGAUCGACCAUGACCUGUGCUCCUGUUGCAGUGACUGUAGCCAGUUAUGUGCAACCUCUCAAGCGACCCCUGACAACUCCUUCAUUCGCCCCAGAUUUAAAGCGCCCCAUGGCGGCCCCUGCAGAAGACCCAAAAGAGAAGAUACUAAUGGCCCCUCCUCCAGUUCCCCGAAAAGAGAAACUUCACAUGGCCCCACCCCCAGUCCCACCUGAACUGAAGAGAUCUGUAGCACUUCCUAUAAUUGCCUCUGAGAUGAAGAGGUCCUCGGCAGCAUCUCUCAUGGCAUCUAAAGGAAAACUGUCCAUGGCACCUCCACUUUUGAACCCCAAAAACAAGCUGCCAAUGGCACCUUCUCCAGUCUUCCCCGAGAUGAAGAGAUCUAUUGUGUCCCCUAUUGUCGCCCCUCAAUUCAAGAGUUACAUGCUGCCUCCUUCAUUAGUCUCUAAAGACAAGCUUCCGAUCACCCACUCUCUAUUGGCUUUAGACUUAAAGUUACCAAUCUCACACCCUCUCAUUGCCCCUCAAGUGAGGAGGCCAACCAUAAUCAAGUCAGCACGGACUUCCCUCAAGGGCCCGUUCCAGCUCCCUAGCCUUUGCCCCGACAGCAAGGAAACAAAAGUGCAACUAACAGAGCUGAAAGCCGGAUAUAUCAGAGGACGUCUCUCAGAGGACAAAGUGAUCACCCCUCUUGGGGAAGCCAAUGGUGUCUCUCGAGGGGAUGCAAAGUGGGUUCAUGACCAAGGGCCUCAUGCAGACAACGGCAUUCUACAGUUGGACAAUGAGCUAGCAUCGAAGCCAGAGCAGCAAAAAUCAGUCCCCACUCAAUUUCCACUCUUGGAGAGAAUGAAAGGAAAGACCUCUGAGCAGCUGAAGAUUCUAGAAGAGAACUUCCAGAGAAACAGCUCUCCAACAUACAAUGAUGUUGACAAUCUGGUAAAUGCAUCCCGACUGUCACGGGAGGAUAUUGACAGUUGGUUUUUAGAGCGCCGGGCGCUGCGUGACAACCUUGACCAAGCCCUUCUAAACUCCAUGGGCUCAAAGAGACUGUACAUUGAUAAGCGGCAGCAACAACAUGGACCGCUGAAUGGUGUGUGUAAACAAGGUGGCCAUCCAAGAAGCUCUCCCCUUGCCAUCAGUGCCCCAACCACCACUUGCUCAGUGCCUCUAGACAGCAAAUCCUUGGGGCUUCUCAAGGAUGUUUUUGCACAAACUCAGUGGCCUUCCCCUGAAGAAUACAAUCAGCUUGAGGACCAGACAGGCCUGGCUCGCACAGAAAUCGUCCGCUGGUUCAAGGACAGCAGGUCAGCCCUGAAGAGUGGGACCUUGGAGUGGAUGGAGCUUUUCCAUAAACUGAACAGCAGUAGGGAAAAUGGCGAGGGGGUGCUCCUGAGCACAGAGAAUGCUUUCAGCAUAAUCAAGCACUACCAGGAAGUAAAAGCACCCAAGGUGGAGGAUAUUGGGAGGCUAGCAGAGCAUGCCAGUCUUGGCAGCCAAGAGAUCAAAGAAUGGUUUGCUGGAAAAUUUAAACAAAACACAUCUGAUGGUGGCCAAAAUGGAGGCUUUCGAGAGGGAUUCGAGAGCUGGAUGGAUGAAACCAAGGGGAUGGAUGCACUCAUGGGUGCUAAGGAACUGGUCUCGGACAAAGACAGGGUGAUGGAGGAUGCUUCUGGAAGGGUGACUGGAUAAAGGGUGAGAAAAGUUGCCACUCAGUUGCACACAGGAGCUGAGAAGAAAAUGAAAGAGUUUAAUUAUUGAAUAUUGUAUUUUCUGAACAAAUUAUUUCUUGCUUGUUCCAUCCCAGUUUGUGCCCAACAUUUCCUCAAGGUUGAGCUAACUUCGUAGAACGUUUAAAAAGAAACAUGGUGGUAAUGUUGUGCGUGAUUUAGGAUUAAGUAGAAGACACAGAGCACUGAAUGUGUGCCUGAAGCACUGACCAGGUGGUGAUCGUAGAGUGCCAAAGCUGGAUUUGCUGCAUUAUUACACUUUUAAAAAAAGGUUAUUGUAAAUAUUUUUUCUGUAUUGCUACAGAUUUGUAAAAUUUUGGGGGAAUUUUGUUACAUUUUAUAAUGGGAGCAACUCGUCCCUUUUUUCCGCUCCAGUUGGUCUUAGUGGUCUGUCUUACAUUUUGUAAUGAAACACAAUGAACCACUACAAUUGUUGGCAAUACUUCAGUCAGUUUUCUAAUGCUGAACUUCCGUUGCAGUUCCCUCUUGUCAUGUGGACUUACUUCACAUCAAAUCAAACUAUUUACUGUUCUGAAGUGCUAUUUUUGGCCUCAAAGCCAACCUGCACUCUUGUAAGGAACAUGCUUGUUUGACCAUGUGAUGUUGUGGACCUACGUUAGAGGAAAAGAACGGUCAGUGGCAAAUCCAGAAAGAAAUAAUCACAUUGAAACAAAUCCAGAAUCAUGCUGCCUGCAUCAUAUUCUAAUAUCUUUCUCUAUUUGAUUUAUUUGUUUCUGCAGAUGAACAUACACAUGUGUAAUAGCCUUUAUACAUACAUGUUGGCUUAAUAGAAUUAGUGCUAGUUCCAUUCAGACAGUAGAAACAAACCAAUACAAACUCUUUAUGUACUGCUUCCGCCGUAGUGUCAUGGUCAAGACAUAUACUGUAUCAAUAAAUACUGUAUUUAUUCCAA